CUUGUCUUGUCUCUGCUUUGCGCUGCUCCUCACUUUUGACUUUGUUCUCAGCGUGCCUCGCGAUCACUCAUGCUUAAGAAGACGAUACGUACUUUCCCAAGUGCUGUAUAGUAUUCUGACCUGGACAAUCCUCAACACUCGAUCUGCAAGUCCUAGUCGCAUACUGGAAUUCAACUUCUGUCAUACUAUAGCUGCUCAACGUGUGAAUCAAAAGUGGGGUCUUUGUGAAGUUCUAGCUCUGGAGAACAUGGAAAACAGAACCUGCAAGCCCUUGAGGACAUAUGCUCAUCGACGCUCUCGUGCCAAAGCUGCUUGUCGCGACGAUGCUAGGUCAUCAUCUCCACUCGAACCAGUCCCUCCAGGAACCGAGAAUAUGAGCCUCUUAGAGAUGACCAGGAGAAUGCAAAAACGGUCACGACAAACUACUGCCUCAGCGGACGGCGGUGAAGAUGACGGAACGUCUCAACAGAAUAAGAGAACCAAGCGAUCGCCGCAGGUUGGACCACUCGAUCACAAACCGUCUGACUGUCCUCCGUGUUUCUUUGUCCCUGAGGAAACGAUGCAAUACUGUACUCCAAGACCAGUUCUUCCCUCUGAAAAGCCCAUGCAGCCGUCGUCUACAGCUAAGAUUUUUCCCGCUGAGCCGGAAUUCUCUCCUCUUCCUGUUGUCAAAAGCAUGCUCUCCCAUACUAGUUCUCGAAUUCUUAAAGAGAAUAAGCAUCGUCUGGCAUCCCCUUUCCAUAGUCGUCCUAACUCUCGCCCUGCUUCUCCCAUGCAUCAAAGUAGGAAACAAGUCCAAGGCAAAGCGCAACGCCCGCCAUUCCACAGCAAGUCACGGACUCUUUCCACUGCAUUAGAUCCAUGGACACUCCGACAAGAGCAGAAGCCAAUCACUGAUGUCAAUGCCACUAUGACGACGACCAUGUCGACAAAUUCCAACGAAGCGUUCUCGACAGCCUCGAGCAGUAGACACAAGCAGGCUUCUGCUGCACAUAUUCGCACAGGAUCAAUACCAGCAAUGCCUACUACCCGUAAUCCGGAGUCCAUGACGUGGCUCGUCCAUAGUAAACAAUUCGAACAGACCAUGCAUUCCGCUGUGGAAGCUGAGCAUCCGUCGUUCUUCUUGGAUGCUCCAAUCCAGAUCUCCACACCGCCACGCAGGCGACGCGCAACGACCGAUCCUGUGCGUAUGCAAGGGAACGAUUCGGAUGCGGAGCUCGAACGGGAUUGGAAGACCGGGAAAGAUGCGAAUAUGCACGACGAGUCUCGUCCCAGCUCUCCGAAUGCGCCCAUUGUCGGAGGGUCGCCGCAACCUCGGAGACGUCGUCGCACCAUCAACCAUCCCACGACAAAUGGCCUUUUCUCUACGGUGCUGGACUUCUCUGCUUCUGUACGCGAGGACAAACGCUCUGCUUCAGUUCUUGGUGUACGUGACGAGAAGCUGCCUGACAAGUUCGUGGAUCAUGCGGAGGCGCACGGCACUUCUCGUCUUACUGCUGCAUUCUCUGGUCUGAACCUUGAAUCGGCCUUCUCUCCCAUCACUCCUCAUAAAUCUGCCGCGUCUGGAGAUACUGCUCCUCACGCAUCAUCAACGUUACCGUUAGAGCCGUCUCUGCCUUUGUCGCAACAUCUGACGGGUGAUCGCUCACUCACGAAUGAGGAGAACUUCGACCGUUCUCGAGAUGAACUCAGAAACCUAUUCUCCGGGCUAGAGCUAGAUGGUGCGCAUAUAUCUGGCCCGCAGCUGCUUUUUCGCGCAUAUACUUACGAGUUGCGUCGCUUACGUGACUAUAUGCGCUGAUCACGACAGAAGGCCAGAAGACAGUCGCCGUGCGUCAAGGUAGCAUGCCGCAUGCGAGUUACGCGUUGGGCGUCAACGCGGCUAGACACACUGGUUUACACGUACCGUCGCCCUUGGCCAUGUCCAAGACCACCCGCAGCAAGGAACAAACUCAUAGACGCAAGCGCGGAGACACAAUCCGGGCGUCAGACUUCAUACGUCCAACUCUGCUCCCCAGUGCAGCAGACGACAUUGCGAAUACGGGUAGUUCUGCUCAAACCAA